AUGCAAAAUCAAUAAAAAAUUCGAGUGGCAGUUCGAAUAAGACCGUUGUUGGAUCACGAAAAAAGACAGGGCCAUUUAAACUCGAGAAUUGAUUGCAAUGGAUAGGAAGUAAUAAUAAAGGAAGAGAGAAAUAAAAAGAGUUAUAAAUUCGAUCAUGUGUUACCUGAAGCAGCUUCUUAGGAAUAGGUGUUUAAGAGUUGCGAAAUAGAUUAAUUGGUGUAGUCUGUUAUUGACGGGUAUCAUGUGACAGUUUUUGCAUAUGGUUAGACAGGGUCUGGAAAAACACAUACCAUGGAAGGGUUACGAGAUGAAGAAGGAAUUGCAGUUAAGCAAGAUGGCCUAAUCCCUAAAACAAUUCAUAGUUUGUUUAAUAAGAUAAAAUAAAAUGCACUAUAAAAAGACUUUUCAGUCUAUUGUUCAUAUUUGUAAAUUUACAAUGAAAAAAUAUAUGAUCUUUUGGGAGAAACAACCAAAACCAAUUAUAGUGUGUAAGCUAGUGGUUUGAAAAUGAGAUGGAAUGUAAGGGACCAAUUCGUAGUUGAAAAUUUAUUUGUUUAUUAAUGCAAAACAGCAGAGGAAGUUAUUUAGUUAUUCAAAUUGGGAAGCAGAAAUAGAAUAACAGCAAGUCACAAAUUGAAUUUUUAAUCAUCUCGCAGUCAUUCUAUCUUUGAAAUCAAAAUAGAGAGCAUAGACCUCAAAAAUCCAGAUUCCUUCAUUACGUCUAAGUUAGAAUUAGUAGAUUUGGCUGGAUCAGAGAGAAUCAGUAUAACAGGGACUGAAGGUCGACAGGCUAAGGAGAGUAUUGAGAUCAAUAAAUCCUUGAUGACCUUGAGAUAAGUGAUUGCAAUUCUGAGUGAUACAAAUAAUAAGACUAUUCCUCCUUAUAGAGAUUCAAAGUUGACUUGCUUAUUAAAGUAAUCCAUAGGAGGUAAUUGUUUCUGCUUGAUGAUUGCUUGCAUUGCACCUUUAGAUACCUUCUACGAUGAGAAUGUAUCAACAUUGCAGUAUGCUACAAAAGCAGCUUACAUCACCAAUAUUCCAGUUAAGAACGACGAUCCCAAAUUAAAAGUCAUUAAUGAUCUAAAAUAGCAAAUAAAUAGUUUGAAAUAGGAACUAAGUAAGGCCAAUCAGCAUAUCGAAUUCUUAUCCAAUAUUGCUCAAAAGUAAGAUAGCAAUCAAAAUAUGAAUAAUAUACAAACCAGGACCAAUUUCGAUAAUCUAUUAUAAAAUUAGCAGAGAUUGUUGGAGGAGGAGUCUUCAGAUGAGGAUGCCAAUAAAUUUGAAUAUACCUAAUUCAAUGAUAGAUUAAUUGAUUCAAUCAACAUGGUCAGAGAAUUAUUGUUAUCAAAUAAGGAAAUGAGAGAAAGGGAGGAGUAAAUCAAUUAGAAAUGUGAGUCUAUGUAUAGGGAAAUUCAAUUUUUACAGAAGGAGAACUUUGAGUUAAGAGAACGACUGGGAGAUCCAGAUUAACAGAGAGAGUCUCCUUAGAAACGACCUUCGACAAUCAAGAAAAAUACUAUGAUGAUGGAGGAACCAGGAUUUUUACCAGAGUAGGUGACUCAAUUUCAGAGGAACUUUUAGAAAGACUUCAGGGAUACUCCAAAUAAAGAUUAUAAGGAUUCAUAAAUGUCAAUGACGAAUCGAAAUAUCAGAGCGCAUUCGUAGAGAACAUAAGGAAGGUAAUUGCCAUUGAUAUCGACUUAUCAAUAAAAUUUUGAGGAAGUUCAAUAAGAUGAAAUGACCAAUUUUGGCAGGAGAAGUUUAUAUUAGAAAUAAUUGAAAUGA